GAACGGACCAGCUUUAUCCCGAAACAACUCCUGCCGGCGCACCCGGUAUGUGAAGCGCCAUGGUGAGCUAUGCUGAGCUGCUUCUUUUGGGACUCCCGGUCGCUGGUCGGCCUGAAGCGCCGAAAGAGGCGCCCCCAGCCCCAACGGAGGAUCCUCGCGCCGAUGCCAGGCAGACCGGGGAUGCGAAGCCGAAGCUGGCGCUGUUGGAUGAGGCAACCGAGGCGGCCCUCACAGCUGCAGCCGCCGCUUUAGGCGAAGCCUUGGAGGAAGGAGCCGGCGCCUCGCAGCCCGAGCGGCAGGAGUUGCCGGUGCCGGGCGCCUUUCUCAUCCAGAGGGCCUUUUCUUCGGAGGAAGCCCAGCGCCUGGCGCGUGCGGUGACCCUGGCACAUGGCGGCCGUGCCCCAAGGGUGCGGUGUGGGUCGGCCGAUGCGGGCGUCCUUCCGGGACCAACGGUCCGAGCCCCUGGUUUUGGAGACGUUCCCGCGGUCAGCUCGGAGUCAAGCUUGGUCCGUUUUGAUGAGGUUGAGGUAGAUCAUACGGAUUCAUACGGAAAAGCAUCCCACCCACGGAAAUCAUCCUUUUCAUCCCACACACUUUCCAAACGAGUCCACAUCGAAAGGGACACCGUCCUCGCGCGCUUCGGCCUCCAAUCCCAGUCGUCCGGCUCCGCGCGCGCCUCAGACUGCCGCGGAGCAUCGCCGGGCGUCGCAGCACCAUCGCGCGGUGCAGGUGCCGCUGGACAUCCUCGCGAGGCGUCUACGCCCACUCCUGCCAGCCCACGCUGGGCCGAAGUCUUCGGCGGUGCUGGAGGUCCCCGGGCGGGAGGUGUCCUCCUUCCUCCGGUGCUACCGAUAUUUGCCGGGGGAUCUCAGUCAACCUCACUGGGAUCGCUCCUUUUGCCUUUGCGAAGAGAAGCCCAACGUGCUCUCCAGCUUUUCAGCCUAUUCCUUGUUGCUCUACACCAACGACACCUUUGAGGGCGGCGAGACCACCUUCUUUGAGCCCGACACGGCCCUGCCAGUCUCCAACAAGCGGCUGACGCCACAGUGUGAUCGAAGAAAGCUACGUGAUGCGCUAAAGGUGGUGCCCAAAGCAGGUGAUGCUUUGGUCUUUCCACAUGGACUGCAUCCUGGAUGUCAUCCCAGCCCUUUGCAUGAAGGCUCGGAGGUCUUCUCUGGCGAGAAGCUGCUGAUUCGAACCGACCUCAUGUAUCGCGUGCUUCCGGG